UCGAUUUCAGCGCGAUAUUUCGAACCCAUUUACAACUGAUAAAAUGUAUAAAAUGAAGAGACCAUUUUGCAAUGCAUUUAGCGGAUGUGGAAGAAAACGAAGUUAUUAUGGAACUUCAACUUAUUCUCCGUAUUACGAUUCAAAGAAAGGAAUUGGAAUUCGUGUUCCAAUACCAAUUUACAAAGCUUUAAUAAAUGCAGCAUCAAAAGAAAUUCGAACCGUAGUUUCACGAGGUACUAAUGAUUACGAGAUUCCAGAGAUAACACAGGACUUUUUAGUUUUUCCCGAUCGAGAAUUGACAUUACAAGAAGUUAAUUGACUGAUUUAAAUUAGUAUAAGUAUUAUAUACCUGUAGAUUUAUUAAAUGAACAAUCGAGAGCCAAGGAACAAUAUUAAAUCGUU